AUGAGCGAACUCCGGAAGUCCUUCGCCAAGUCCAAAUUGGCCAAGCUGCCCCGGAACGUCCCCAUGUUCGAUUCAACUUUGGAUGAGAACCGUGAAGAGGACGUAUUUCCCGCCUCGUCAGCCUCUUCGGCUUCGUCUACAGGAACUCUAGUUCCAUCACCGACGCAGCAUCUAUUUGUCCGGAGAAGUCAGGGGUCAGUCUUUUCCUUCUGUCCCAUACACUUCGUGGAAGCUGGGAUCCUAUAUUUUUUUUUAUUAUGUGUAGGAUCAUCGCAAUCACUGGCAUGGACGGAUUUCUUUUCCCAAGAAUUGUUCCUGUCCCAAGAAACUGACAAUCUCAACAUCAUUCAUCACGUUUAUGUGACUCCACCGGCCAGAUCAGGCCCACUCUUUGUUAUGCAUCAUGGUGCCGGUUCAUCCGGUCUGUCGUUCGCAACAUGCGCUGAUGAGAUCCGAAAGAUCCUACCCGAAGCGGGAUUCCUAUCCAUUGAUGCCCGGGGCCACGGUCGAACGGCCAUAGCCCCAAAAUCAGAAACGGUCGAUCAGAAUCGUCCGUCAACUGCUUUCGCGGCCCAGUGUGAGGCUCUUAGCCAGGUAGAGCCCGACUUAAGUCUGAAGACUCUCAGCCAGGACCUGGUCCAUGUGAUUCGUCAAACGCAGAUUAAAUUGGGAUGGGAGAGCUUACCAGAUAUUGUGCUUGUUGGACACAGUCUGGGAGGCGCAGUCAUCACAGAUGUAGCCAGGACUGGCGAGCUUGGGUCAAAGAUAUUGGCAUUUGCAGUUUUGGAUGUCGUUGAAGGCUCUGCCAUGGAUGCUCUUCAAAGUAUGGAAAAAUACUUAUCUACGCGGCCAACGCGUUUCCCUUCACUGGCAUCGGGAAUAGAAUGGCAUACUCGUUCGCGCACCAUUCGAAACACAGCAUCAGCUAGGGCUUCUGUUCCCUCUUUGCUAUAUGAGGAAAGCGAACCCUCUGACGUGUCUCGCCCAUGGGUGUGGCGCACGAACCUUUCCGCCACGAAGCCGUUCUGGGAGGACUGGUUCAUCGGUCUCAGCCGAAAGUUCCUCGAUGCACGGGGUGGGAAGCUGUUGCUUUUGGCAGGCACAGAUCGGUUGGAUAAAGAGCUCAUGAUCGGGCAGAUGCAAGGAAAAUAUCAACUUCAGGUCUUCCCUGAAGCCGGUCACUUUGUCCAGGAGGAUCAACCCACCAAAACGGCGCAGGUGCUGGUCGACUUUUACAGGCGCAAUGAUCGCAGUGCAUUGGUACUGCCACCCAAAGUAGCGGACAUGCAGGCGGCGGCUGCUAUGAAGAAGGGCACCGGUGCAGCUGAUACACAUCAUAAAUUAAAAUAG